AUGCUACGAUCGGUAAUGCAAAGUAUAAACUAUGAGCUGGCCCAGCGUAUCAGUCUGUCUUCCAAAUCGAUCAACAGGGUCGUCCCUGUAAUGUCAGUCAUUUGUCGAAAUAAUUCCACUUUCUACAAGCCAACUACUAGUAAGAAGAAGGACAGCACUCGAACUCCUUCUUCUCCUGAUAAUCCUCAAAGGACAAAACGUCGCUUUGUGAAGAUUGAUUCCGCUUUGUCAAAAGAGAAUAAAUACUUGUAUACUCUUCCAAAAGAUCCCUACUUCUCAGCCAGUAAAAUCAAGAGGAUCCUGGAACUAGGAAAGGCUGAAGAUGCCUUAGAAUUCAUCAAGGCGCUUCCUUUACGAUUACAGGCAACUGCCACUUGGAAUGAAAUCAUUAGUCAUUGUGUUAAUGAAGGUAGAGUUAAAUUUGCAGAAUCGUGUUACUCACAGAUGAGGAAAAGAGGAUUCGCGCCGAAUGAAUAUACAUUUACACACAUGUUGAAAGCUUAUGUGAAAAGUACCUCACCGAAUGCUGUUGAAGCUGCCGAGAAAUGGUUCAAGAGAAUGCAAGAUUUCGGUAUAUCACCCUCAGCAAUUCAUUUCACAAAUUUAAUGCGAGUCUAUAACCACAACUCACUACCAGACAAAACAGUUGAGUUAUUGAAUAGAAUGUCAGAGCUGAAUAGUGUUGCACCGGAUACAUAUACAUACACAGUAGCGUUACAGGCGUGCUCUCAAUUAACUGAUCCAAUACGUCAAAGAGAAGAGACAAGAGAGAUUUGGAAACAAAUCCUUGAACGAGCAGGACAGCCUUUGAAAUCGCAGAGUACGUCUUUAUUAUCGCGAAAAGCUUCCCAAGUAGCGCAAGAAGUGAAAUAUACACACUUGAAGAAACUGAAAAUCGACGAUGAACUAGUAAUCUCCCUGAUUAUGACAGCAAAAAGCGUUGCUAAGAACAGUAAUGAUAUGACGUUAGGCCUUGAGAUGAUCAAUACGUUAUUUUCGACGCUGCCGUCUACAGCAAUCACGAAGAGCAAAAUGGUCGGUAAUUUGGCCUUAUUGCGUAAUAAGCAACAGCAAGGUACAUCAAUGCUGAUUCAUCACCCCUUCAACGUUAAAAUUCUUGAUGCUGUAUUACGGUUUGCAAAGGAUUUAGAGCAAUGGGAAAUGUGUAAAGAAUAUUUCGCGAUGGCUAAAAAGUUAUACCCAAACAUUAAUCCUGACGAAGUAAUUGUUAACAUGGUUCAAACAUGUGACAAAAAAUUGUCUUUAAAUGGCAAAUCAUCAUCUAAACGAAGCCGUUAA